UGGCGGUCGCCACACAUGCAUGUGACCGAAGUCAGUUGCUAGAGUUAACCUAAAUAGUCGUCAAAUUUAACGAAUAUUUCAGUUCGCAAGACAGAGCAACACUUUUGUCUACAAGAUUCUUUUAUUUCAUGCAAAAACGCGUCAAAUGAGCCCAAUUUUAUUAAUUUCUGGACUGCGAGAGCUAAACUGUAUAAUUACCCUUUAUUUAUACACACGAAAACGCAUUGAGUGAAUAUAUUUUUAUUGAAAUUUGAAGUGGAAGGAGUAGUAAUAUUUACCCACCACUGUAAACAUCUAAAUAAUUACCAAAUAGUUAUAACUGUUAAAAAUAUUCAGCUGUACCUACAUGGAUACAUUACAACUAAGAAAUUUCAAAGACUUUCUUUUGCUGUACAACCAAAUAUCUGAAAUGUGUUUCAAAAAAUGUGCAACUACUUUCCUCUCUCGGGAAAUUACCUCUGAUGAAGACCUCUGCAUAAGUAAUUGUGCACAGAAAUACAUCCAUACUAAUCAUAAAAUAAUGGAAAUAUUCAUGGAGGUGCAACCUAAAAUGGUGCGCAAAAGAAUGGAGGAGAUAAACAUGGCUCAGUCGGCAUUAGAAACACAAAAUCAACAAAUCAAUGCGGGACAGAAUCUACAAUAA